CCCCCCUCCUUUGUCCCUCCGUCUGCACGCUGGCUCGCUCCGAGGCGCUUUGGGGCGCUGGAUGCGUUAGGAGGGGCCAUCCGGGGCAGGUGCCGCUCACCUGGGCCGAGCAAGGAAGCCCCCUUUCAGGCGUCCGUCGCUCCAGCCCGGCCCUGAUGGCGCGCCGGCUGCCUCUUCAGCCCAGCUCCGGUCCUUCGCUCGCCACCCUCCCGUCCUGGCGGCUGUGAGACCAGCCCCGGCUGCUUUCUUGGUUCGGAUGAGCCGCCCGCAUCCCGACGCCGCACUGCGAUGCUGUUUUCCUGGUGCAGCCCUCAACCUUGAGCUCAGGAGCCACGAUGCCAGAGACUGGGGCGGCAGGACCGGCGGCGAGCGUCCAGGAGAACAAGCGAGGCGGAGGAGCGAUGGAUGGGGAGGCGGCCGCGCCACCUGCCACCGGGGUCCUGGACAAGCUGUUUGGGAAACGUCUGCUGCAGGCUGGGCGUUACAUCAUGUCCAAUAAAUCGUGGAUGAAAACGGUCCCCACAGAAAACUGCGAUGUGCUGAUGACUCUGGCAGAUACAACUGAUGACCACACAUUACUAUGGUUGUUGAACCACAUCCGUUUGGGAAUCCCAGAGCUCAUCAUCCAGAUUCGGCACCACAAACACACCCGGGUCUAUGCAUUCUUUGUCACAGCAACUUAUGAAAGUUUGCUCCGGGGGGCGGACGAGAUUGGCUUGCGGAAGCCUGUGAAGGCUGAAUUUGGGGGUGGCAUGCGCAGUUUCUCCUGCGAGGAAGAUUACAUCUACGAGAACAUAGAAAACGAACUCUAUUUUUUCACUUCUCAGGAACGUCAAAACAUCAUCAGGUAUUGGCUGGAGAACCUGCGGGCCAAGCAGGGUGAAGUGCUGCAUAACAUCCACUUCCUGGAAGGGCAGCCAAUCAUCCCUGAGCUGGCUGCUCGUGGUAUCCUUCAGCAAGUCUUCCCCAUCCAUGAGCAACGGAUUCUGAAUCGGCUGAUGAAAUCGUGGGUACAAGCCAUUUGUGAAGCCCAGCCUUUGGAUGAAAUAUGUGAUUAUUUUGGAGUGAAGAUUGCCAUGUACUUCGCAUGGCUGGGCUUUUACACAUCAGCCAUGGUAUAUCCUGCUGUCUUUGGCUCCCUUCUCUACACCUUCACAGAGAAUGACCAGACCAGCCGGGACAUUUGCUCUGUCAUCUUUGCCAUCUUCAAUGUUAUCUGGUCCACGCUGUUCCUGGAGGAGUGGAAACGCCGAGGAGCCGAGUUUGCAUACAAGUGGGGAACUCUGGACACACCAGCAGAGUCCAUCGAAGAACCUCGGCCGCAGUUCCGGGGUGUGAAGCGCAUCAGCCCAGUAACCAACACGGAAGAGUUCUACUACCCGCCUUGGAAGCGGUUACUCUUCCAGUGUUUGGUGAGCGUGCCCAUCUGUAUCGUCUGCCUCUCCUUUGUCUUCCUUACCAUGCUGGGCUGCUUCGAAUUGCAGGAAUUUGUGCUGAGCAUCAAGGAGCUGCCACGCCUUGUUCGCUUCUUGCCCAAAAUCAUGCUGGCCGUCAUUGUCACCCUCUGUGAUGAAAUCUACAGAAAAAUUGCCUACUGGCUAAAUGAUAUGGAAAAUUAUCGCUUGCAGAGUGCCUAUGAAAAACACCUCAUCAUCAAAAUGGUCUUGUUUCAGUUUGUAAAUUCAUACCUAAGUCUUUUCUACAUUGGAUUCUACCUCAAAGACAUGGACCGCCUCAAGGAGAUGCUGGCUACACUCCUCAUUACCCGCCAGUUCUUGCAGAAUAUCAAGGAAGUCUCUCAGCCCCACUUAUACAGCAAGUUCAAGCGUGGUGACUUCAGUAUGCAAAACCUUCGGGAGGUGACCCACACCUUCUUCCGCCUGCUGACCCAGAAGUACACCUUCACCCCUUCGUGCGGCACCAACCCUCGGCAUCCCAGGUAUGGGGACUCGCCGGUGGGCCACAGGCCAAAGGUCCAUGAGGCCCCAGAGGGGGCCGUCAAGGGGGAGAAGAAAUGCCUCAAUGGAGGGUGCGGCGUGCCUGAAGAAGAGGACGAGGAGAAGAAGGAAUCGGACUCAGAAGACGAGAGCAUCAUUGACUGUGGGCUGAAGCUGAAAAAAGUGAGCUUUAUUGAAAAGGCUGACCGCAAAACGGGGGAUCCCAGUCUAGAGGACAUGAGUUUCUUGGAAGAAGGUAGCCCCACCAUGGUGGAGAAAGGGAUGGACCCCUCCUCUGUCUUUGAGCUGUGCGAGGAUGACGAUGAGAGCGAUGAAGCCUCAGAGAGCCCGUCUAAGGCCCUUCCGGAUGUUAAGGAGCCAGCUGUUACCAUGCGGACUCGAAGGCCGCGGGUGGGCAAGAACCUCACAGAAGGCGAGGAAGAAGAAGAGGAGGAGGGUUCUGGGAAUCGAAGACAGGCCCGGUCCUCCUGGAUCGAUCCACCAGAGGAGAACUACACCACGCAGCUUGCCCAAGCCGAAGUGGAGAGCUGCAUGAAAAAAUAUGAGGACACUUUUCAAGAUUACCAGGAGAUGUUCAUCCAAUUUGGCUACGUGGUCCUUUUCUCGUCGGCCUUUCCCUUGGCUGCAACGUGUGCCCUCAUCAACAAUAUCAUUGAAAUCCGGAGCGAUGCCUUCAAGUUGUGCACGGGACUCCAACGGCCCUUCGGGCAGCGGGUGGAAAGCAUUGGAGAGUGGCAGAAAGUGAUGGAGGCCAUGGGCGUCCUGGCCAUUGUGGUGAACUGUUACCUGAUUGGCCAGUGUGGGCAGCUGCAGCGUCUUUUUCCAUGGCUGAGUCCUGAAGGUGCUAUAAUCUCUGUGGUGGUGCUAGAGCAUUUUGCCCUUUUGCUCAAAUAUAUCAUCCAAGUCGCAAUUCCUGAUAUCCCGGCCUGGGUUGCAGAAGAGAUGGCUAAACUGGAAUACCAGAGGCGGGAAGCCUUUAAGAAGCAUGAACGACAGGCCCAGCACCACUUCCAACAACAACAGCGUCGUAAACGGGAGGAAGAGGAGCGUCAGCGCCACGCCGAAUAUCACGCCCGGAAAGAACGUGAGAGCAGCCGGGAGGAAGGCAAGGCUAAUAGUGGUGGGCAGGAUCCUGGACACGAGAAGAGCCAGCCCAAAGGGAAGGGUUCAGGAGGGUCGAGCCACGGAUCCGAGAAACCCAAACGGCCCAGCUCCCUCCUGGCCACCAACAACGUCAUGAAGCUCAAGCAGAUCAUCCCUCUACAGGGCAAGUUUUUAUCAGGGAGCACGGGGGCAGCUGGCACCGGGACGGCCCGCUUACCCCAGUCCCCCACUAGUACUGAUAACAAACUACCUGGGUUCCUUAGUUUCAAGUUCCUUAAGUCCCCAGAGACAAAACGGGAAGCCAACACCGAGAAGGUGCAGUCACCCACUAAGCCUUUCAACCCCAGCAAACUGUUCAACUUCACCAAAUCCGAAGGGGGCAAUGGGGCAUCGUCCCCUCCGCGGCCCGGCCCUUCGGCAGAUGCAGGCGAAAAGCCUUUGGCCAGCAGAUCCCAUCUCAACGGGUUGGCAGAUGAGGAGGUGUCUGAGGACCUGGAGAUACGAACAGUGGUGGAGGAGGAGGAGGAGGGGCCGAGCCACAAACUCUAACCAAGAUGUUAGGGUGGGUGAGAGCUGGGAAGAGGGAGGAAGAGGAAGGCGCGGGUUGCUAGUUGGUUCCUCAAGCAGAACUGGGGCAGCCUCUGAGUCGAGUUGGGAGAGGUCUGCUGGGUCUUUCAGCCCCUUUUCCAAGCAAUUUAAGGGCAACCCUUGCGGAGAUUUACACUGGGGGAAAAGAAAGUUGAAGAUGGUUCCAGGGAGGUUUUGAUGGCUUUGACCAGGAGGCUCAGUUCUGAUAUGGAUGGUUAUUGAUCUAAGUCAGAUUUUAAACCGAGAAUUCCCAAGAAUAAGGAAAGCAAAGGAAUUGCAAGUGAGAAGUGAAGGAUAUGAAGCAGAGGGUAGAGGGGACUUCCACUAACCUUUAACAGGUUAUUUUACAUAUCUUUCUCCUUAUUUUACCAGAGCUUGGGCCAGGAAAGCAUCCUAGAUUUUCUAAAUGUUAAACCCACAUUCAGAAUUUCCAGGUGCUUCUCUGUCUUUAACCCGGAUGGACAAGACUGCAAAAAAGUGGGUGCAAUGUUUUGUUUGAGAAGUCACAACCUUUAACCUUUAAUGACCUUUAAGUCAUUAAUCUUCAUUGGAGUGUUUUUACUUUCCCUCCAAGAGCCCUUUCAGGUAUUAGAUAGAAUUUCAGCCAUAGCUAGUGUAGUCUUUCCCUGGAUGUAAAUAUAUUUUGAAGAGAGACACAAAUACUAGAAUCUGAUGGGAGGAAGCUUUGCAUUACUUCCCCCUCCUUCCAUUUAAAUCGUAGAUGAUCCCCACGCAGUCCAUUUCUGCUUGAAGAACAGCCUCAUGUGGCAGCAAAGCACAGGAUUUUGAGGAGGCUGGAAGGGGAGGGGGAAGGUUGGAACCAUUGUCCAUGCAUGAUUGACAGCUCUUGCACUAAAACUGAACAAAAAAAAACCACGGUGACUUUCAUGUUUCCGAGACAAAAGCUACAGCAGUCAAUCAAAAAGAAAGAAAGAAAGAAAGAAAAAGAGUUGGGGCAAGUAGCAUUAAGCGUUCUCGGAACAAAGAUCUACCACCUAUUUUCUUUCUACAAACUUAGUAAUAAAGAAAACAAGAAAUAAAGGGAUGAGGGGAUAAAAACCUAAUUUGGAAGGCACUAUUAUUAAUGAUUAUUAAUUUUUUUGCAAUAAGGACCUUGACCUGUGACAGGCUGUGCCAAGGAAAUUUUUCUCAAUUUGCCGCUUAAUCGGGAAAGCAGAUAUAGGUAGUCCUCAACUUACAAUCACCAUUGGGAUCGGAGUGUCCAUCACUAAGUGAUAUGGUCAUAAAGGGAGUCACGCCCUAUUUUUAUCACCUUUUGCCAUGGUCAUCAAGGAAAUCGCUCAACUGUUAAACUAAUCUGGCGUGUUUCCCCCACCACCACACCACCCUAUUAACUUUGCUUGUUGGUAAUCCUCUGGGAAGAUCACUAUGGUGAUCUCAUAAAUCUUGUGGGACACAGCAACUGUCUUGUAAGUACAUGCUUCUUGCCAAACGCACAAAUGACUAUGAGGCUGCUACAACAGCCCUAAGUGCAAUGGCUGGUCACAAGUCACUUCUUUCAGUGCCAUCAUAAUUUUGAACAGUCGUUAAACGAAUGGUCCUAAGUCAAGGAUUACCUAUAAAUUGAGCUUAAUAGAUUAAUGACUUCAUUGAGAAAUCCAUGCAGUUGGUCUUGCCAGAAUGUGGAAGAGUUCUCUGCUGCCUCUGUUGCUGCCUUCUGAAAUACUUCUUUCAGAUUCCGUGUCCAUCCUGCACACCAGGGAUUUCCUGGUCAUUUCUUUACCAAUAUUAACCCUAUUAACCAGUUCAGACCUGCUUGGCUUUUUAAAUAUGUAGGUGCACCCACUUGCUGAGUUGAGAGGGAAGAGUUUGAGCUAAAAGAUAGAAAAUCCAGAAUGAACGUCGAAAUAAAUAGGAGAGAGGGAGAAGGGAAUUUUCUCAUUAAUCUGCCUCAAGUAGAUAAUAGCUAUAAUCAUCACCUUCAGGAACGUUCUAACACUUUGGAAAUGGGGUGGGUAGAAUUUUUUCUUUUUCUUUUAAUCAGGUAGCAUGUCUUUGCCCUGCGGCCUAAAUUCCUCACAACUGGUCUGGAUAGGAAGGGUGAGGGGAAAUCCUCCUUUUAUCUGGCAGCCGUUUUUAAGAUGCAAAUCAGUGUCAAAAAAACUUGUGUCUUUUUUUGGUUUCUUUAAAAAAAAAAAAAGCAAUUGAACCCCCAGCCAAAAAAAUAGCAGCAUCCCUUGAUUUCCAGGCUUUGUAGAAUCUCUGAACGUAGUUUUGUUAAGCAGGAGGGCUGUUGCAGAGAGCAGGCAUGGCCUCUGCCCCCCCCCCCCCCAAUAUCUCACCCGACUUAAGUGAGCUGGAAGUGGCCAACUUAGCAACACAGAUCUACGGAGGCAGCAUCUGGAGCUUUUGUCGGCUUCCCCAAAUUAAAGGAAAACUGCUUUGUCUUUUCUUUACUAGUCCAAAGGAGCCGGUCGCUUUGCAGGACAGAAAAGAAGUGACUCUAAAGGAAGGGAUUUCUCUUGUCUUCUAUACACAACCCCGUCCUUCUCCGGAGCAAUUUGCCAUCGCCGCAAUACAUCACUGACUGCUAAUACAUUUGCUCCUCACAAGCCAUUGUAGUGAUAAGGUUGGAGAGGGAUUUCCAACAGGUGCUGGCCACCUUUCUGGCCUGCUCCC